GUCGGCAAGUCCGUAUGCAAAUGAGCAAUAUCGCUGAUUUCGUCGAAGUCGUCUCGCGGCCAAAUUCCCGAUCUCGAAUGGUCUCGUGAUAUGCGAGAAAUAUAGUCACGCAGUAUGAUGGCUUGACGUUUGCAAUGCGGUGUGUUAUGGUUCAUCAUGGUGGGGACCUCCCGCCCGGCACGGCCUAAAGUACACAUAUAUGGUGACUCUAUAAUACGCAAUUUGGACUGUCCUGAGGAUUUUUUUGAUGUAAAACUGUUCUGUAAACCAGGAGCUACUGUAAAAAGACUUGUAUAUUUUAUUAAGAAUAGAAUUAGAGACGCGUCGGAUGCUGAUGUUGAUUUUGUGAUUUUGCACGUUGGGACCAACGAUCUUUGCGAAAGUGUUUGGGAUUGGACAGGAGUACAGUAUUUAAAUCUUUAUAACGUUGUUCGGGAGAUCUUCCCAAGUUCAUAUAUUUUGUUUAGUGCCAUCAUUCCUCGUUGGGACAGCCAGGAGCUCCACGAUAACAGUAUUUAUUUUAAUUUAAAGCUUCACAAUCUCGUUACAAAAUUGCCAUGUACCUGUUUUUUCGACCAAUCGGAACUAUUUAUUAGAACUGACCGCCUGUUUUCGCAUGAUGGCCUGCAUCUGAAUGUCGGUGGCAAGUGUGUUCUUGGACGUGAACUUUUUAAUAAACUCCAUAACUUGCUUGAGCCUGUGUCUGUGGCACGGAGGUAUGUGCCCCCUGAACUCAAGCGUCUGUGGACGCCCAAGAAAGUAAAAAAGGUGAAGAAGCAGGAGGAGAGCAAGGAGAAAGAGGAGAGCAAGGAGAAAGAGGAGAGCAAGGAGAGCGAGGAGAGCAAGGAGAGCAAGGAGAAGGAGACUAAAGAGAAGGACAGCAAGGAGAAGGUCGGCAGGAAGAAUGAAGGCAGGCGACAUCCACCACGUCGACGACACUGGGGGAGGCGCCCAAAGUGGAGUGUCGAUUGGGAUGGGAAUGUUACGCCGAGGAAGACUGCCCCGCAACCAACAAAGGUAGAAUUGCCCCCUGGAAGGUUUGUUCCUGAAAAUCGGUGUAAUGUCCUCAUCCCAUACUUGCAUCUCAACACAUGCUACCAGAGGAAGAUGGCGAGAGAAAUAUGCACCCGUCUGCCACAGCCAUCUAGUCCUUACAUCCUACGAAAGAGGAAGGGGAGGCAGAAGCACCGUCGUGACGUAGCAUCCAAGAAGAGAAAGAAAAGGAAAAAGAGAAUACAAUGUUGGACAACAAUGUGCCCCCACGCGACUGAUCCAACUUCUGUCAGCACUACAAUCAAGUCAACCAAUGUAAAACAUCAAGCGACCCGUCUAGAGACCACAUUUGUGUUAUUGAUCCAUGUACUUUUUAUUUUGAGCCAGCAGCUGGGGUAAGGAAAAAGAAAAGCUCAGGUGAAGAAAAGGCAGUGUUUAGGUGUAAAAAAAACAGAAGUGACCCUUGUGCAAUAUGUAAUCGGGCAAUAGUUUCUAAAUGUUUCCAUCUUUGGUCUGCACGUUCAGAUAAGUUAGUUAAUAUAAUUCGUUCUAAACAACCUGACAUACAAGAUGAUCAGUGCAUUUGUAAUGCAUGCCGACAAAAGUAUACAAAAAAAGCAGACAAUCCUGAAUAUACCCCACAAAAAUCAAGGAAAAAAGAAAGGCCUCCAUGUUUUCUGUCGCAUGAUUUUUUAUGUCACAAUAUUUCUGAGCUUGACUCGAGAUUAAAUGUGGAAGAAUUUAACAAUACAUUCUGUCUUAAUUAUGCCACUCUCCCUGAUGAAGUCCCCCUUUGCAGAAAACACAGAUCCCACAUAACCAAUUUUUCUGGACUCGGAUACUGUUGUGUAUGUUCUGUCACUUUACGUCCAACUGUUAAACGCUAUGCUUUGUGUAAUAAUCAAGAGGUAGACCUGUUCAAAUUACGUGAAAUUAAUGAUGAACUCAAUGUCGAUGACAACAGUAUAAUUUGUAAACAGUGUUAUAAUCUAUCAACCAGGAAUUCUCCUGAGGUAGUUGUACACACAUUAAGUGAUAUCAAAUUUACUUUAGACACAGAGUUGGUAUUAAAUGACACACCAGAGUCAAUUUUAUUAGUAACUUGUAACCAGACCCUAAAGACUGUAUAUUCAUGGUGCAUGGAAAAUCAUGGAUUCUUAUUCAUGGAUGCUUAUGACCUUUUUUUACAAAAUCUUAUGACCAAUUGCCAAACCGACUGGAUAUAUGAUGAUUGUUAUAGAACAGUAACAUGGUUUCGUGGGAAGAUACAAGGAACAUUCCAGAAUGUAUUAUCAAAACACAAACUUUCUAGGCAACAUGGAUUAUUUUAUUAUAUUUCUAAUGUUUCCACAGAACAGUUGCUGAAUGCUGUUCACUAUGCACAUGCUAAAAUCAGAAUUCUCAAUAAAGGUGUAGAAGAUGAUAAUGUUGAUAUUACGAGAAAACAUGGGGAAGGUGGUUCUAUGGACCUAAUGUACCAGAAAGUCAUCCUUGAUGCCAAUGAAAGAUUAGUUAUGCAAACGAAAAAUAUUACGCAAACUUAUACUCAAAACCCUCUUUCCGUUGAUGAAUUCAAUUUUGAUAGUGCUUUAGCCAGCUUCGACCCUUUGAUCUGGAAUAUUAUUUCACUUCUUACAGCUAAUUUAGAAGAGCUUAAGUUUUUCAAAAAAUCUUCUAUCUGUUUUACGAAAGAUUUCAUUAAAUUCCCAAAUGAAGAAUCAUCACAUGGGAAACGAAGAAAAACGAGACGUGUUGUUGCCGUAUUCAUCAUGCAAUAUGCCUUAACGGAUUUUUCCACUUAUCCAUUUCAUAUCAUCAUGGCAAAUUUGAUUAAAAGAUACUCACAUUCAUCCACACUUUUGAAAUUAAUGAAUCAAAUUGGGUUAUCUUGUUCAGAAGCUACCUUGGAACGAUUUUUACAGACUGUGCAAGAUUCCAGGGAUUCUUCAGGUCUUUUAUCUUGUCUGAAUGAGAGUGCGGUAACCCAUGUUACUAUAGACAACAUCGAUGUUUUAGCCUCUUUUGCAGCAGUUAAUCCUAAUCAACCACGGAGCUGGCAUGGAACCUCUAUAAUGGCACAACAACCCAAACCAGUAACUGAGUUGUUGCAUCCGACAUAUGAACUAAUUUCUCAAGUUAAUAAUGAUAGUUCAGUAAUCUCCCAGGUUAAAAGUGAUGGAAAGAAAAAGCCGUCGGCAAGAAAAAGAAUCAAGUUACACGACCCUUCAUUGGCAGUUGGGAAGGAUUACUUUCAACCACCAAAAUUUAAAACAUACAUGAGGUCCAAUGUGUCUUGGGAAACAUUUACUAUAAGUGACAAUGAAAAUGUCGCUUUAAGUUCAAUAUGUGAUAAGAUGUUUUUGUAUGCUGCAGAACGAUUUGCAACUAUUAAUGACAAUAGUAUUUUAGUUCCAAGCUUUAAACCAAAGUUAAUUGUUGAAAGUCGAAACCAGAAUAUUGAGAAAUCUCAGUUUUCUUAUCUUUAUAUCCUUGACCAUAAAGCAGAUCAUCCACAGACGUUGAAAUAUUGCAUGGAACUGCUUUAUGAUCUUUUUCAGGUGUCAAAGAAGGUAAAUCAUCUGGUUGUAUCUGGUGAUGGUGCAACCUUUAAAAUGCUAUUGGAAAUAAAGAGGGAGUAUGGGGAGUCUCUCGAUUGGUUUAUACCCUACAUAGGAGACUGGCAUUUUCUGAAGAAUUAUCAAGAGGUUAUCAUGAAAAUAUUUUGGGAUGCUGGCCUACGAGAAAUUGCCAAAGCAACUCACAAAACUAUUACACUUCAGAGUCUUUCAAACUGUUCAAAUUUUAAACGAACCCAGCGUUUCUUACUUCAAGCACAUGAAGCUCUUCUUCUAUUUCAAUUCAAAUGUUUCUUAGACUACAGAAGUGGUAAAGCAUGUACAUACACAAACGAUAUGUUUAUGCAGCAAAUUAAAGAUGUUGUUAAGUUAUUGAAGGUAAAAGAUGGUGUGUUUGAUGGUAGCGCUUUCAGAGAUUCUCAAGAAGUCUUGCUUCAAUCUCCAAUGUAUCUCUCGCUUAAAAAGGAUUUUCAUGAUUACUGUACCGAAAUGUCGGAUAAAUAUGAGACCUUCAAAUUUUGGAAUGCAUUUAUUCAUGUAGAUUGCAUGGCUUAUAUUCAAUUGUUUUUGGCGAUUCGUUCAGGGAAUUGGGACCUAAGGAAUGGUGCGAUAAAGCAGAUGGUGCCUCUUUUCCAUGCUUUUGACCGUGUAAAUUACUCAAAAAUGAUUCCUCAUCAUCUCGCUUUGAUGGAAGCUUUACCGGAUCACAUACUAGACCAUUUUAGGAGAGGAGCUUUUGUAAAUAGUAUAAAAGGAAUGGAAUUUUGUUCAGCUGCCCUAGAUGAGAGCCACGAAAUGUUAAUUAAUAAGGAUGCCAAGGUAUGUUUAUGUAGAGGUUUGCCAAAGAAUAUGCAGAAGGUUGCAAGUAGUAUUCAAUAUCAAGCUAAAGUAAUUCAAAAUUUUGGUACACAGUUGCAGUUCUCUGAGGUUUCCAACCCUGUUCAUAGGGAUUUGUCAUUGUCUGUUAUCAAAUCAGAGUUUGCAAAUGUAGUGUGCUACUACAAGAAGGUAGGAGAGAGUGACAUGUUUUCACCUGAGCAAAAUGCUGUGCUACACCAUGCUUUUAAUGGUGCAUCUACAUCGAGCAUCCAACAGAACGAUCUUCUCUCAUAUCGUAAAAUCGGCUUUGAUGCCUACACUUUUUUUUGCAAGUCCCAGGUUCUCAAAGAUAACAGUAUUGCAAAGCCAACUCUUCAUAAGCACACCUUAAAAACCUUUUCAAAACCUAAAGUUUCACGGAAAAAAAUAACAAGUCUUGAAAAAGAAAAAAAAUUGAUAACCCUUUGUUACAAAAGAACUAUUGCAUACUCUGCAGA